AUGUCAAACACUAGCUCUCCAGCACUUGUAUCGACAGAUAAGUCAGGUUACGUCACUACACGCCCGAAAGACAACCGCGACUUGAGCACCGAACCGACUAGUAAUUCAUCUAUGGGAUCGGAGACUGGAGAGGAAGUGGUGGAUGCGAUGUUUGAUUAUGUAUACAUUGCUAGGAGGACGACAAUUAGAGCUAUGAUCCCUAGUGCUAUCGUUGGAGGAACCAUGGCCCAAAGAAGAAACACACGCUCACGCCCAACACAUCCUGAGAAUGCCACUCUUGACAUUGGUCAAUUGGUUUCGCAACAACUAAUGGCUACUAUCCCUAACAUUAUGGCUGAAGUCACUGCAGGAGUCAACGCAAGUCAGAAAAACUGCGGAGGCCCUACACCUGUUGAGAACACCGAUGGAAGCGGGGAUCGGAAUGUGGAAACAAGGGGAUGCACCUAUAAGUACUUCAUUUCUUACAAAACCAAGGAGUUUCAUGGACAGAGGGUGCAGUGGGAUUACUGA